UGUCAGCUUGUUCACACUGCUUUGGAUGGCUUUGCGCAUCACAGCUAUGCAAAGCAGUGUGAUUACAGUGAAGCACAAACACACCCAGCACACAGUUAACCCUUUGAUAGCCCCUCAUGUUAAUCCCUUCCUGCCCAGUGCCAUUAGUACAGUGUCAGUGCUUGCUUUAGCACUGAUUAGUGUAUUGAUGUCACUGGAGAUGCCAGUGACACCAAGUCAGUUCCUCCCACUAUCAGAAUGCCCACCGCAGUCCCGCUAUAAGUUGUUAAUCGCCACCAUUACUAGUAAAAAUUAAAAAUAAAUUUCAGUAUUUCUACCGCCAUUUGUAAACACUAUAACUUUCACGUAAACCAAUUAAUUUA